AUGGACAGUCGGUGGGCAUAUAAAAGCCUUCAACGUCAAUCAAGUAAGUUGAUAUAUAAACGUGACAUAGAGUCGCCUAGAACUGCUAUACUAGUAAACAAAAAUGUUAACUGUAUUCCAAUUCCAGAUUUCAUCCAGAGGGACUUGGUGUCGGCCAUUUUUGAGGUCCCGACGGAGUGCGGAACACGAGAGAUCGUGAUCGCAUCGGCCUACUUUCCAGGCGAUGCAGAUGAAGCACCACCUGAAGCAGUCACAAACUUGGUAAGUUAUUGCAAAUCUAAUAAUUUACAAUUUAUAAUUGGUUGCGACGCUAAUGCGCACCAUACCUUAUGGGGUAGUACUAACAUAAAUAGAAGAGGGCAAAUGCUUUUAGAAUACCUUAGUAGUAGUAGUCAUAUUCUUUUCGAACUGCCGGGCCAGAUUUUACAUAAAAAUUCGCCAGCUGCACGUAAGUGUAUCAACUGGGAAAUCUUUAGACUUUCCUUAACUAGUAAGGAGGAUCAAUUACUGAAUUCAAUCAGUCAUAUUGAUGAACUUGAAUUAGCAGCAGAUCAAAUAAACUCUGUUAUCUCUCAGGCGCAUGAAGAUGCAUGUAAGGUUGAACCACGUACAUCCAGACGGGAUGUGCCAUGGUGGAACAGCAGGCUUGAAGAAAUGCGCAGGGAGGUUAGGAAGCUUUUUAAUUCAGCGAAGCGAUCAGGGGUGUGGGUAGACUAUAAAACAUCCUUGACUGCCUACAACAAUGAGAUUAGAAAAUCUAAACGGAAAUCAUGGAAAACUUUCUGUGACAGUGUUGACAACACUCCGCAAAUGGCUCGCCUUCAUAAAGUGUUGAGAAAAUCUCAUUCAAAUGACAUUGGUCUAUUGAAAAAGAGUGAUGGCCUCUACACAACAAAUGGAAGGGAAAUUUUACAACAUUUACUACAUGUGCACUUUCCAGGAUCGAUCUUAUGUGAUGCAUCCAUAGAUAGGCGCACGUUAAGUUAUGAACAACCAGACAAUCAAUUAAGGUCGCUAUCUGGUAUCAUUUUUGGCAUUGAUAAAAUCAGAUGGGCAGUUAAUUCUUUCAGUCCCUUCAAGUUACCAGGAAGUGAUGGUAUCUUCCCGGCAUACACAUUCAAUCUACGGCUGCGCUUAGUGCGCUUCGACUAA